AUGGCAAGCGUUCCUCCGGCGGUGAAGUUGAAAGAAGGCCGGAUUGAGCAGUUGGUUCUCGAUCUCUGCACUCCGGAUCGUAGACAAGAUGCGCUUCUCCAACUUUCCAAGAAGAGAGAAAUUUUUCAAGAUUUGGCUCCAUUGCUAUGGAAUUCCUUGGGCACCAUAGCUGCUAUUUUGCAGGAAAUAGUCUCCAUUUACCCAUUUUUAUCAUCACCAACUCUGACUCCGGCACAGUCGAAUAGAGUUUGCAAUGCACUUGCUUUACUUCAGUGUGUAGCCUCUCAUCCAGACACAAGAAUGCGAUUUCUCAAUGCGCACAUUCCUCUCUACUUGUAUCCUUUCCUUAAUACAACCACCAAGUCAAAGCCCCUUGAAUAUCUGAGGCUUACAAGUUUAGGCGUCAUAGGUGCUUUGGUCAAGGUCGAUGAUACCCAAGUUAUCAGUUUCCUUCUGUCUACGGAGAUCAUUCCCUUGUGCUUGCGCACCAUGGAGAUUGGAUGUGAAUUGUCAAAAACCGUGGCAACUUUCAUCGUGCUAAAGGUUUUGCUCGAUGAUGUGGGCUUAGAGUAUAUAUGCACCACCGCGGAACGUUUCUUUGCAGUAGGUAGAGUUCUGGCUAACAUGGUUGCUGCACAGGUCGAACAGCCUUCCCCACGGUUGUUGAAAAACAUAAUCAAAUGCUAUCGUCGAUUGUCUGAUAAUCUAAGAGCUUGCAAUGCCCUGAGGAGCUGUCUGCCCGACAUGCUUAGAGAUGCGACCUUCACUAACUAUCUUCAGAAUCCGUCUACGAUAAAUUGGCUGCAGCAGUUGCUUCACAAAGUGCAAGGGCCUCGUGUUGCUGCAAUGCAAGCCGGUGGUUUCGAUCAUAUGUUGGUUAAUUAA